AUGAUGUCUCUAAUCAAAGAUCUUGUGGAGAGAUUGGUCUAUCAUAAAUCCCUAUGAAAAUUCCUUUUAUUUAUCUGCUUGCUGAAUGACUUAAACUGCUUACUCGUUUAUUAAAAAUACUACAAAUAAAAAGACUACUUUAAUUUUUAAAUAAAAAAUUAAACAAAAUUUAUUUAUUAUUAAAUAAAUGAGUUAGAAAUUUGCUCCAUGCCUUUUUUCGCACACUUUGGCAUUCCUUGGAAAAUUGCUAUAAAUUUUAGAUUGCUAAAAAAUUUUUUAAAAACCUUCGAAAAAAUUUCCCCAAGAAGUACUACACUAUUAAAGUUCAGGAUUUUAAUGUUUGCACCUCUAGAAAUUAUUUUGAUAUAUGAAAAAAGCAACAUCAGCAUAAACAAUAUAGCGAUUUCGAAGCUAUUUGCUAAAACAAACUCCCUUAUUGAAUGGCAUUUAUGUGAAUAUUCUACUGCAGCAAUAUGCCUUAGUUCUUAUGAAAAUGCUAUGCUAGUUUUAGAUUUAACGAAUCGCAUCGAAACUCAGUUUUUUGUAUCUGAGAUAUGUAAGAUUAAGAUUAAUCAAAAUGAUCACUGGGGUUUAUUUCAGCUCAGCUAGAGUUAAAAGCAAUCCUAACUAGCUCCCCCCUCCGUGACCGAAUAAAAAAAUCUUGUCAAAAAUUUAUAUUUUAAUUUAAAAGAAAAAAAUUGUUUUCAGAAUUUAAAACAAUCCCCACUUCUCGAAAAUUGGAAAGCAAAUAUUAAUUUAAUUUGUAAAAUUUAUGUUUUAAAAUGCAAUUUGUUUAAAAUUAAACAGAAUUAGCUCGAGAUUUCAUGAUAUUAGUUAUCACUUAUAUAUCAAAAAUUUUUCCCAUCAAAAAUUUUUCUCUAAAAAAAGUUUUCGUUCGCUCACGGAGGGUGGGCUAUUGGGCAAAAAAUAGGGAUUUUUUUCUAAUGGUUUUGCUUGCUCUCUCAAAGAGAUGAGCUCAAUUCUAUAUCAGUAAGCAUUAAAAGUGACAUGCCAAUGGUGACAAGUGUGAAAAAGUUGACAAGUAAACGCGCUGAUUUUAAAAUUGGCUUUAUUAUUAAAUUAAUUUAAAAUUUAAGAUGCCCAAUUAGACUGAGAGCGCCCAAUUAGACUGAGAGCACCCAACCAAAGGGUACUAAGAUAAGCUUAAUCAAACACCAAAUGUAGCAUUUCGUUUUUUGGACAUUUUGGAGAGAAAUAAUGAUAAUAAAUAUCUAUGAAAUUCAUCCUCAGAAAAAAACUCUAAAGUGGAACUCUCCCGCUAAACCAUCAAAGAGUCUCCAAGAGUUAUUGCUUCGGUUGAGAUAUCUUUCAAAAUCUCCAAUAAUUUUGAGACAUAUGCUCGAUCCAAGUUCUCCAAGAGUUAUUGCUUCAGUUGAGAUAUCUCUCAAAAUUUCCAAUAAUUUUUGGACUUUUGCUUGAUACAAGAGGGUGCCCAGUAUAGAGAAGCUGAGAAUGGCGUCUCGCUUUAUUCAUAAAAUUUAUAUGUAUCAUAUAUUAUUUAUGUAUUUAUUAUAUCAUUAAUUUUAUAAGACUUUUAAAAAUUGAGCGUUUACUUGUCAAGUUUUUCACACUUGUCACCAUUUUUUGACAUAUCACUUUUUAUCACUUACUGAUAUAGAGAUUGAGCUCAUCUCUUUGAGAGAGUCUGUUUUGCUCGUUCAAGAGGCCAAUAUAUUUUGCUCGAUAAAGAAAUCUAUAUAGGGGUAUUGGAUAUAAACCAUAACGGACCUAAUUGGUCAUUCUAAUCUCUCUUAGAUAUGUAAAGAAAGAGAAAUCCCACACUUGGUGUUUGAAAAUAAGCUAAAUUAUUUUGAUAAAUGGACUUUUUCAGUAAAACCAUCACCCUUAAAAGAAAUAAACGCUUUUAUUGCUGUGCUUCGCUAUUUUGGAUGAACCCAAGGUCUUGCCAUUUACGAUGGAUUUACGAAUAUUCUAACUCUAACAAUAUUUAGUAAAUAAAAUUUUAAUUGAAUGAGAAAUAAAUUAAUUAUAUUACAAAUUAGCUAAAUUAAAGAUUUUUUAUUAAAUUUAAGGUAAAAGAAAAUCUUGAAAAAAAAAUUGAAAAACUAAAUUUUUUAACAAUUGAGCCCGAUUCAAAUCUGAAUAAAUUUGUUAACAGAAUUAUUACACCUCUUGGUGAAACUCUUUACUAUAUAUUUUUAGAUUCUGUUGAGUCAUUAAAACUUCAGAGCAUUUUAAAGACCACAAAACUUCUUGCUAGUGGAAAUGGAAUUAUUUUUAAUCAGAAAAGUGGAUAUGAAUGCAUUAUUGAUGGAGCCUUAAUUGUUGUCGCCGAAGGACAAGAAUUAAUAUCUUCUGAUGAAGAAUAUAUGGAAUCAGUAAUAGAAAAUGCGAUUUUUUACUUAUUAAGCAAUGUUAAAACAGAAAACAGUUUGGAAAUUUUAUUUUGGUUAAAUACUCUAUUAGAUAGUCAGAGCAUAAAUGAAUUUUCUUUAUUCUUCUUUAAAUUGAAGCCAAAAAAUAUUAUGCUUAUCUAAAAUAAUAUUGAAAUUUAUUUAUAAAAUUUGCUUUGCAAAUUUCGAAUUUAAUUAAUAUUAUUCAAGAUUAUACUUUCUCCUUUAAAUAGAUCAAAAUAUGGAUAAAUUUCUGAUUUUGCGAUUAAAUUUUGUGUCAAAUCUCGUAAAAUUUCAAUUAGUUAAUUUCAGAGAUAAAAUUGAAUUUUUAAAUUAUUAAAGGCAAGUUAGUCAAUAUUCAAAACGGAAAAAGAAUAAUAAUAGGAAAAAUCAUGAAUGAAAACUUAUUUUUAUUUAGCAACAUCACAUUUCCAGGCAAUUCAACAGAAAUCCCAAAAUCAACAAGAAAAGUGCUACAAUUAAGCAUCGAAGCUGGUUCUUCCAAUCCAUCAGGGCCACCUAUCACUAUAGGAGCAGUUGGAGGGUAUGGCUCAUACGCAGCUUGUGACAUAAUUAACGAACAAUGCUCAGGAUUGCUUGAUAAUUUUCAGAUCGAUCUAUUUAAUUUUGACUGUGGUGUAACAAUUUAUAACUCCACAUUUGCUAAUGCUUGCUAUUUAAAAGACCAAGAAAAGUUUGGCUUAGGACACAUUUCAGCUUGGUCUUCAGCAAUGACAAUUGGGUCAAUGAAAUCUUUUGCAAAGCUUAAUUUAACGUUCCCCAUUGUAAGUGCUUCAAAUAAAGAUGCCAUUUUUAAUUCAACCCCAAAUUAUCCAAUGUACAUGAGAAUUCAGGCUUCAUUGUCUUAUAUAUAUUCUUUAAUCCCGAUUUUUAUCCGAGCAUUAGGCUGAGAAAAAGUUGCUGUUCUGUACCAUAAAUAAAAUGGCAUUCGGCUCGAGAGAAAUUAGCUUCGCUAAUUUUCUCUCCCACAUGGAAUUUUAUUUAUGGGGUUAGGUUUUCUCUCGAGAACUUCUGCACAGCAACAGCCGUUUAAUUCUGGGAUAGCCAGAGGAAUGGCUCCACAGUGCGAUCAAGAUCUCAGGGUUUUACCUCUCAGCAGAUCUCCACGGGAAGAUGACCCUUAGGCGAAACACGCGCAGGAGCUGAGUCAGGGCGAGGCAUCGGCAACGCGCCGGGUGAGAAGCUCAGCUAGGCUGGAGGCGAAGCUUUGAUAGAAGGCUUGGGCCUGGGCUGACCAGGUUAAUCCAAGAUGGCUCGGUGACGUCACUAGUUUGGCCAAAAGCCCUUUUUAUAGGGGCUGCAGCACCGGACACCUUAAAUACCGAAUAUUAAGUAUAGAAAUUGCCCGAGGAUGGCGCAAAAUAGCGCCAUCCUCGGGCAAUUUCUAUAAGUAAGUAAAGCUGUUCUUUACCAAAAUGAUACGUGAGGGCAAUCUGGGUAUUAUUUUUUUACCCAGAGCAUUAAAAGUCAUGAUCUUUUGUUGGCCAACCCAGAAAGCAGCAGAGUUAUCCCGCCGAAUCUUGAUAGAGAUGGAGUAAAAGAAUACUCAUAUUUACUUCAAGAAAUAAUAGACUCUCAAGCAAGAUUUUUGGUGUCUAUUUUACAAUAUCCGACUCCUUACUAUAUAUUUGAAGAGCUUUAUGAUUUAGGGCUAAGAAAAGGAGAUCUAGUUAUUUUUACGACUGUUUCUGAUAUGACCACAUUUUCACAAUAUGAUGGCGAAUUCAGAAAUAAAAUAUAUGAAAUUGCUAUUCCAAUUAUUAUAGCGUUUGCACCGCAAUUGAUUGCCUAUGUGAGGGUUUCCCGCAGCAACUUGGAGCUCUGACGAGCCAUCUAAAGGUGACAAGUCAACUCCAAGUUGACAAAUCCUUGCAAAAGGGCACGCUUUUGUCAACUUGGAGUUGACUUUUCACCUUUAGGUGGCUCGUCAGAGCUACAAGUUGCUGCGGGAAACCCUCACAAAGGCAAUCAAUUGCGGUGCAAACGCUAUACUAUAUAUGGACAAAGCUGAGUAGGGUCAUUAGGAAAAAAAGCUUUAUCAAGAAUUUCAGAGGCAUAUGAUGGUUUAAUAAAUUCUUACAGUUGUGUAUAUUUCGACUCAGUUCUUUUGAUUUCUUAUGCUUUGGAUUUCAUGAUUAAUAGGGGCUUAGAUUACACAGAUCCAGAUAAAUUGCAAAAAAUAAUGAGAAAUCAGCAAUUUUAUGGGUGCACUGGACAAGUUAACAUAGAAAAAGGGUCAAAUGAUAGGAUUGUCCAAACAUUUGAGAUAGUGGCUAAUAAGCUUGGCGAAAAUGAAAAUAUUACAUCUUAUCUAAUGGGAUAUUUUCGGCCUCAAAGUACACAAUUAAUUAGAUUAGAUUAACGCUAGGUAUUUAAGGUCCCCACUACGUCCGAGGAAGCAUUCUACUGUUUCCCGUAUGGUGGCAGAGCGUUCACCAAGCCCGGGCCGAAACCCCGGUUUCUCGGUAGAGGCAGUGUCAAGGGCCGUCUCAUACCAGCUUUGCUGACCGCCUCCAUUUCCAACUUGGAUCGUCGCCUAAGUUUACGCCAACACUGCCGCGUCGUCCGCCAGAUCUACCCAUUGAAGGGCACCUUUUAAACUGGAGAGACCCCCGUUUAGUUGUCUAACUCGCCUUCUCCUCUUUUCCGGUCAUCCCGAGAAAGAACUCAACAGCUUUCGCCAUUCGGGGCGAGCCACAAAAGCAGCUUAGGCAGGUAAGUCGCCCUGCCUCAUUUCGGGCACUCACUGGGCUGAGCGCUGCUGGCAAAAAGAAGUCACGAGUAACUGCCCAUGGGUCUGGUCACAAAAACAGCGGCUUUUGCGCUUAGGCCUCUCGCUUCGAGGUCCCAGACGUUGUUGGGCUAACUCCUGGCUCCAAAAAUCAUGCCCGGAUAUACAUGGGUAACCACCACUGAGAGGGUGGGUCGGUCGCCGUCCACCAUUUUAUGUAUAUCCUCAAAGUGCACAAUUAAUAGCAAUCCAAGAGCCUAUGAUAUAUGCUGACGGCUCAACCACAAAGCCAUCAGAUUUAAGGACUAGUAGUAGCCAAUGCCCUUUUCCUGAUAAGCUUAUAAAAACAUUUGCUAAAGGUAGAAUCCUAGUAUUUGGGAUCUGCUUUACUGUUGCCUUGAUAUCCUUUGCUAUUACAUUUUAUAUAUGGAAAAAAUGAUGGAAAUUUUCAAUUGAGCCAUUAACAGUAAAAGAAGAAAUUUGUUUGCAAGACAUUAUUGUAGCUGUGACCAUUAUUAUUGAAUUUUUUCAACUUUCUUCAAUGGGGCCAGAUUUUUCACCUAUUAACUCUACAUUGGCUGGAAUUAGUAAUUUUUUUUCGCUGAGCUUAGAUAAUAUAUUGAAAUUAAGAAAUGGAGUAUUUUGAAUUAUUGUCAAUGCUGUUUUCGGAUCAAUUGGGUUAUGGGUAAUUCUGUGCUCAGUUGUGCUUCUUAGACUUGAUGAGAAAUUUCCUAUGAGCUUUAUAUUCAGAAAUUUAGGUACUUUAGCAGAGUAUCUGAUGCCUGUUUUAGGAGAUCUUUGUUUUAUUCCCUUUAUUUCAAUUUGCCUUGAUAUUUUUUUAUGUGAUCAGUCGAUUGGAGAUAAUUUUACUGACAGUUUUUUAUCAGAAGAUUGCUAUUAUUUUUGUUGGAAAGAUGAACAUUUAUUUUAUGCAAUCUUUUCUAUUAUUGCUUUAAUUGCUUAUAAUAAUUAAAAAUAUUGGCGUCUUAGCAAGGUAUGGCUGAGAGGCCAUGUAGCUUCAAGCGCAUAUUUUAAUUGCAUCCGGCAUUGUUUUGCCACCCAAAAAAUUAGCAGCAAUGCUAGGCAAGUUCUCAUUUAGAAGGCAGAGCCUAACCCAAGCUCAAACUCUAGGAUGAAUUUUAUCUUGUGGGGAAGGAAGGGUAUGGUAGUUAGAAUGGGGUAGCCCAGCAAAGCCUAUUAAUCCAAUCCGGUAACUCCUUAAUGAAACUUGGCGUUACUUCCUAGACUACAUUUUUCCCUUUUUGCCGACAGUCGGCCAGAAAAUCCAUUUUUUGGGUUUUUUGUGCAGGCAACUCACGAAACGAAGGAAGUUGCUGACACAUGAGCCUUCGAAGCCGACAACACCGCUCCCAAAGGCUUGUGGGCCCGAUGCGUAAAAGAGUGGGUGGAAGAUCUGGGCAUGCGAACUCCGUAGUGGACCUUAAGCGUAUAAAUUUAAGUAAGUAAGCUUUAAUUGCUUAUGAGCCCCUUGCAGUUUUUUGUAGGCCUCUUUGGCAAGAGCUGCAGCCUAUUUUACAUGUAAAAGCAGUUCCACUCUUUUUGAUGGUAAAAACAAUUGUUCAAAUUAUAUUAAUUGUGAUGAACAAGACAGUAAAAAGGGCUCAAAAUCUCCUUCAUGGGGCUCUUUUUAUAUUAGUGAUGGGCCUUUAUAUUGGUUUUUUAUUUAAAUUCAAACCUUACAAUUAUCCAAGAUUCAGUUGAUGGCAAACUUUGGUUUCAAUUGGAGUAGGCUGGCUUGCCUUAGUUUCAGUUGUUGAGCAAAGUAUUGAUGCUGGCCCUAUUAUUUUAUUAUCAGUUUUGUGCUUUGGUUUCUUAAUCAUUGGAUUUCUAGGAUUAUACAUCCAAAGAAAAAAAUAUCCAAGCCUUCUUUUUCGAAAAAAAGGUCAAGAUACGUCCAAUUUAUUUAGGUUUGCUUUUUCUUUUGGCAAACAUUCGAAAGAAGCUUUAUCAAAAAUUGUCCCUAGUAGUUUAGCAAAUUCAUCAAGAAAAUUAUUAUAA